UGAAUAUUGGUGAAUAUCUGUGAUGUAAUUAUUGGUGGAUCGAUUUUUUAAUUCAUUUCAUCAUGAAAACAUCAUUCGCUUUACGGGACCUGUUGGUAGUAAUCUGGUUCACGUCAGUAGUUCGCGUGAGGUCAGCGAUAAUGCCACCACCAUGGGCAGAUCCGUCGAGCAAUCCCUGUGCCGCUCAACCACGUGGUUGGCAAUUGUUAUUUUGGCCGGCGGAUGGAAAGUGUUACAAAAUAUUCCAGAUUGGAGCGCCAUGUUCAGAAACAAUGGAACUAGGCCCAGCUGCAGGUGGAGGUGGGACUGUGGCUGAAUGCAGGUGUCCUCCAGGAACUGCACAGUCUCCCAGAGAUGCUCUUUGCCAUAGGAUAUACACAAGAGCAUCCUGUCUGAAGGGACAAUUCUUUGCACCUGUACCAGAGACUUCUGGAAAGUCUAGGUGGGGUGUCUGCCGUGAACCAGAGCCAUGUUCAGAGAAAGAAGAAGUAUACUGGCCCAGAGAUAGCAAAUGUUACCCCAAAUUCAGCAAAGGACCUUGUCCAAAGGGUGAACUCAUUACUACAGAUGAAGAUGGGCUGGCAAUUUGUUCCUGUUCUACAAUUGGAGAACUUGGAAGAUACCAUUGGCCAGAAAGCAUAGGUGGUUGCCACGAACAUUACACUAAGGGCCCAUGUACAGAAUUAGGAGAGCUAUUUUUACCAGGUGGUGUGUGUGGUUGUCACUCUAAAUUACUUCAUUACCAUGAGCCAACUGGAAUGUGCUACCAGUUAGGUGGUAUUGGCCCAUGUCUGCAAGGGCAUCACUUUGUUGUAACAAACACAGUGACCAGUGAAGAGGUAAUCCGGGCCAAGUGUAUAUGUAAGCCAGGUCAUGUUCUCUAUGAAAAUGGAUUCUGCUACAGACUAUAUACUAAAGGACCAUGUGACAAUGGUUAUAUGCUAGUGAAUUCCACAACUUGUAUUCUUAUGCCCUGUAAACGAGGACGACUGUAUUUUCCACAAGAAAAAACGUGUUACAAAAUAGGAACUAGAGGACCUUGCCCUAAUGGACAAGUUGUUUUGUACGAUUACAACGUACGGCCAUCUGUUGAUGGAAUCAGCUAUAAUGGAGUUUGUGGAUGCACAAAUAUAUUAAGGGACUCAGAAAAGUGCACAGAAGAGACUACCAACAGUUGUGAAUCCAUGCCAGGAAUGGUGGAGAUAAAUAAAAUCUGUUACAAAUUAUACACACAAGGUCCAUGCACCGCUGGAGAAUGGCUGGUAGCACGAAGAGUGCCAAAACAGAGCUUAUGGAAGAUCGAAGAGUCGGAACAAAGGGCAAGGUGCGAAUGCAGACCUGGAUACAAAAGGAUCACGGAAAGUUCCGAGACUUCUGAAGUAGAGAGCAAUAGUCUCUUUUCCCCUGGUGGCUGUCAGCCACCUACAGUGAGAUUAGCAAAGUUUCUCAAUGAAAGAGCGAAAUCGAUAAACUUUUAAGCGAAAGAAACCAGACUAUACGGGACAGCGCCGUGGUAGUGAUAAAAUGAACUGUUUGAAAUAGCUGUUUGUGCAUUUUUUACUAAGUAAUAUGUCUGUAAAUAAUAUUGUACAAAUACUUUGAAUAGUUUCGUGCGAAUUUUGUAGGAAUUCCUAUUUAUUUAAUGUUUU